UGAGGACCGCGUAACCGUCCGACUCGUCUCUCCCUGGAGGAGGCAGCGGGAACUAUUGGUUCCUCUCCCUGAUACUCGAGACCCUGGUGGACCCCCGGAAUCCUAAACUCGUAUGGUGCUCUGGCAGAGUUUUGCUUCACCACUACUGCUCAACUCCCGGUCCUGGGCACUGAGGAAGUCUGGCUCUUACGGUUCUUCCCGGAGAGUAAACUCGGCGGUCCAUGACUGUUUCCGGGAGGAGCUGAGAAGGCUACGUUCAUUUCCGGCGGAGGGAGGCUUUCCCACCCGCGAUGGAGGAGGCGGAGGAGCUGCUCUGGGAGGGGGAGCGACUGCAGUUCGCCCCCCAUCCGCGCCUGGACCCGGGCUCAGGAUGGAGCUCUUCUGGAGAAGACUGUGCCCAGGGCCUCAAAGUCCUCCCGCCGCGGUCGAGCCGAGCUGCCCAUGCCCUGAAGAGCCUCCCCCGGGGCUUAGCCCUUGGCCCCUCGCUCGCGGAGGAACCGCGCCUGGGGGUCUGGUGCGUCGGGAAGCCGCUGCAGCCGGGACUGCGCUGGGGGCCGCUGGAAGAGGAGCCUGUCUCCCAGCAGAAGGGCGAGGGGGUGAAACCACGGCAGGAGAAGGAUGUGUCACUAGGCCCAUGGGGAGACGUGUGUGCUUGUGAGCAGAGUUCAGGCUGGACCAGUUUGGUGCAGCGGGGCAGGCUCGAGGAUGAGGGGAACGUGGCCCCGGUGUGGAUCAGCAAGAGGCUUCACCUGCAGGUGUACCGGGUCGUGCUGCCAGGCUUUGAGCUGCUAUUGUGGCCCCAGUCUCCCUCUGAGGGCCUCCCCGCCACCCAGCCCAGGCUAGAAGAAGAGGCAGCCAUGGCUGUGGUGACAGAAAUGGAGUCUGCUGUGCAACAGGAAUUGGCCUCUCCUGGGGAGGAUGCAGGAGAACCUUGUACAGAUCCUGGUAACCAGUCACCCCCCAGCAUCCAGGCAGAGGUGAUGGUGAGCUCUGGACUUAAACCCCAAACCCAGGACCCACUUUGCAAGGAAAGCCAAUCACUUGGUCCAUUAUCUCAGGAUGGCAGCAUGGACCCGCCCCAGACACAGAUGCCAGCUGAACCUCAGAGCAGUUCCACUACCCAGCGGGGCCUAGAGAGCACUGAGGCCACUUCCUCAUCUUCUGCCAGCGGCACCCAGCUGCAUGCUCACCUGGUCAAGAAGUUACGGAGCCCCAGUGAUCAGUGCCCACCCAGAGCAAAGACCUCGGAGCCCAAGGCCCAGCAGGAUGGAGAGCGGCACCCCAGCUUCUCUGCACACUUGCGGAGCCCUCCUGUCCUGGCAGGAAGCUCCCUGAAACAGGGACGACGGUACCGGUGUGGGGAGUGUGGCAAGGCGUUCCUGCAGCUGUGCCACUUAAAGAAGCAUGCAUUUGUGCACACGGGCCACAAGCCCUUCCUUUGCACUGAGUGUGGCAAGAGCUAUAGCUCAGAGGAGAGCUUCAAAGCCCACAUGCUGGGCCACCGCGGAGUGAGGCCCUUUCCCUGUCCACAAUGUGACAAGGCCUAUGGCACCCGACGGGACCUCAAAGAACACCAGGUAGUACAUUCAGGUGCCCGACCCUUUACUUGUGACCAGUGUGGCAAGGCCUUCGCCCGCCGGCCUUCCCUGCGACUACAUCGCAAGACCCACCAGGUGCCAGCUGCCCCUGCCCCAUGCCCAUGCCCCAUAUGUGGGCGGCCCCUCGCCAACCAGGGCUCCCUGCGGAACCACAUGCGGCUCCACACGGGGGAAAAGCCCUUCCUGUGCCCACACUGUGGCCGGGCGUUUCGCCAGCGGGGCAACCUGCGAGGGCACCUGCGGCUGCACACAGGGGAGCGCCCUUAUCGCUGCCCACACUGCGCCGACGCCUUCCCCCAGCUGCCUGAACUGAGGCGCCAUCUCAUCUCCCACACCGGGGAGGCCCACUUGUGCCCCGUGUGUGGGAAGGCCCUUCGAGACCCACAUACACUGCGUGCUCAUGAGCGCCUGCACUCAGGGGAGAGGCCCUUCCCAUGUCCCCAGUGUGGCCGUGCCUACACACUGGCUACCAAGCUGAGACGCCACCUCAAAUCCCACCUAGCCGACAAACCCUACCGCUGCCCCACCUGUGGCAUGGGCUACACCCUCCCCCAAAGUCUCAAGCGACACCAGCUUAGUCACCAGCCGGGGGCAUCCUCCAGCCCACCCUGUUUGCCUCCUGCUGUUUCUGAGCCCACGAUGGUCUUACUGCAGACUGAGCCAGAAUUGCUGAACAUAUGCAAUGAACAGGACGUCUCUCCAGCCCCGGACGUCUUCGAGGUCACCAUUUCUGAGAGCCAGGAUAAGUGCUUUGUGGUGCCCGAGGAGCCGGGCCCUGCCCCCAGCCUGGUGCUCAUCCAUAAGGACAUGAGCUUUAGCACCUGGGCAGAAGUGGUGGAGGUGGAGACGGGCACCUGACACCCUCCCCUUUCCCUAGCAGAGCUCUAUAUAAAGGCUGUGUUUUCUGGGU